AUGGCCCCUCGUAAGGUCUUCUCGCUCGAGGGCAAAGGCCUCAAACUCGACACUGCUGAGGACAUUGAGUCCCACAUCAAGCCUCUGGUCGAGAACUUCGAUUAUACCGAAGUCCGAUUUGGUGGCAACACCCUGGGUGUCGGUGCUUGCGAGCGCCUCGGCGCUGUCAUCGCUACCCAGAAGAGCCUUGAGAUCGCCGAGCUUGCCGAUAUCUUCACUUCGCGUCUCCUCUCCGAGAUCCCUCCAGCUUUGAAGUCCCUUCUGGAUGCUCUCCUCGAGAUCCCCUCCGUCCACACCGUUAACCUCUCCGACAAUGCCUUCGGCCUCAACACCCAGGCUCCUCUGGUCGACUUCCUUUCGCGCCACACCCCCCUCCGCCACCUGAUCCUCAACAACAACGGUCUCGGCCCCGCUGCGGGAACUCUCGUCGCCGAUGCUCUGAGCAAGCUUGCCGAGCGCAAGGAGGAAGCACGUAAGGAGGGCAAGGAGGUCGUUCUGCUGGAGAGCAUUGUAUGCGGACGCAAUCGCCUAGAAAACGGCAGUAUGGAGGCUUGGGCUCGUGCCUAUGAGAAGCACUCUGCUGGCAUGAAGUCAGUCAAGAUGACCCAGAACGGCAUCCGCCAGGAAGGUAUCUCGCACCUGCUCAAGAAUGGUCUUCGUCACGCUAGCUCCCUGGAGGUUCUGGAUCUGCAGGAUAACACCUUUACUUUGAUGGGGUCCACUGCUCUGGCUGCUGUCCUGGAGGGCUGGCCUUCUCUGAUUGAGCUUGGUGUCGGUGAUUGCCUGCUUUCUGCCCGUGGUGGUAUCAAGGUUGCCAAGUCUCUGGCCGCCAACAAAAACCAGAAGCUCCAGACUAUUCGUAUGCAGUACAACGAGGUCAAGGCCGACUGUGUCAAGGAACUCGCUUUCGCCGCUAAGACUGCCCUUCCUAGCCUGCGUCGUGUUGAGCUGAACGGCAACAUCUUCAACGAGGAUGAUGUUAACAUCGUCGCCCUGCGGGAGCUUUUGGAGGCCCGUCAGGAGGAGCAUGGUUCUGACGACGACGCCGAGGACACCUGGGGCGUUGAUGAGCUGGAUGAGCUUGAGGAGGAGGAAUCCGAAGAGGAGGAAGAAGAGGAGGAAGAGGCGGAAGAGGAAGAAGCGAAGGCUGAGAAGAUUCUCAAGGAUGCCGACCUCGCCGAAGAAGAGAAGGUGUCUCAAAAGUCCGACAAGGAUGUUGAUGAGCUGGCCGAUGUUCUGGGCAAGACUGGCAUCUAA